CGUACGCGAUUUGCGUAUGGGUUGUACAACGCGCAUACGGCACAGGAGUAGGCUCACAUCAACCUGACUAGCCUACAGACCAGCCACACCUCUCGCUUGGGGCGUUAUACUCUGCCGUCCUCCUGUGCAAUAACCUGGACAUCAUCACAACCCGCUUACGGUCUUUUUUGUGGGCCAGCACCUACGCUAUUAUAAAGCCUGCUGUUUGCGUGUGUAUGCAGCAUAAUGGAGCAGGCGAAACCCCAAACGGAGAACCACCUCCGCUUUCGUUUAGCGCAGCAAGUCCGCUCCAAAUGGCAACACCACGGGUGAGGAGGUUCACGCAGGAUGGGCGGACGGUCCCUCAGCCGAGAGUGAUGGUGGUAUUUUCGUCUGCGAGUGACACCGAGACAGAGGGAGAUGCGAUGUCGGGCACGGAUACUGGGGAGGAGGAGUAUCGCAAACCAGCCAUACCUGUCCCUAAUCUUAACCUAGGGAAGUCCCUGGGCACCUUAGACGCACCUGAGGAGUUUCCUGAGGUCAUCCCCCUGAAUGUAGGAGGAACAUACUUCACCACUCGGCUGUCCACCCUGCGGCGUUAUGAGGACACAAUGCUGGCUGCCAUGUUUAGUGGCCGUCACCUCAUACCACGGGAUGCAGAGGGUCGAUAUUUUAUCGACAGAGAUGGAGCAUAUUUUGGGGAUAUUCUGAAUUUCUUGCGAGAGGGUGAGCUGCCUCAGAGAGACCGUGUCCGUGCAGUGUACAGAGAAGCUCAGUAUUAUGCUAUUGGGCCUCUUUUGGAAAGCCUGGAAGACACACAGCCACUCACGGGAGAAAAAGUGCGACAGGCUUUUCUUGAUCUCAUGCCCUAUUACAAAGAAAAUCUAGAGCGCAUUGUGGAGAUCGCUAAACUCCGUGCCAUGCAGAGGAAGGCUCGCUUUGCGAAACUGAAGAUCUGUGUGUACAAGGAGGAGAUGCCCAUCACCCCUUAUGAAAGACCACUGUUUAACUCACUGCGAUUUGAGCGCUCGGAGAGCGAGGCCAAGCUGUUUGAGCACCAUUGUGAGGUUGAUGUGUCCUUCGGGCCCUGGGAGGCAGUGGCGGAUGUUUAUGAUCUUCUUCACUGCAUAGUGAGCGACCUGGCAGAGCGUGGCAUCAUUGCUGACCAGCAAUGCAUCGGUGUUUGUGACAAACACCUCAUUAACCACUAUUACUGCAAAAGGCCCAUCUAUGAGUUUAAAAUCACAUGGUGGUGAAGGGAAGGUGUAUUAGCAGGUCUUGCCAAGGACGAAAAUGCUCAAAGUCUGAGCAAGUAAGUGAUGCUUGCUGCUGUCUGUAGAUAUGUCAAACCAGCAAGGUCAUGAAAUUCUACUAAUGAACUAGAUGGAAGUUUUUGGGUGUUACUUUGGAAGUUGUUCUUUAUUUUUUUCACAGAACUGCAGUUUGCAACUCGAAAUGUACUUUAUUUGGGCAGCUUUAUUGAUCCCUUAGUUUUUGUAAGUAAUUAUUUCGUUAAGUUUAUUUAGAAUAAACCCUACAUGGAAUUUUUUUACCAGUUGUAGUUUGAAGGGGGUUUCUGGAAUAUUCCACAACAGUGUUUUAUGUUCUAAAUAUCUCUGCAAAGGACGUUUCCGUGAUGUGCAAUGAAUGUAUUAAUGGGUAGAUCAAAGGAAUCAAUCAACUGGACUUAUAAUGGCAAUUCAGAGAUAUGUCAUUGCUUAUGUUGUAUUUCUCAUGAAGGACAUUUUUUUUAAUCCCUUGCAGUAUUUUAAAGUGAUUAUUCUUAUUUGUUUUACUUGACUUAAAUGUAUAGGGCUUGAAAAAUAUUAUGUUCCCAGUAGAGAGCACUGUAGCUUGUGCAACCUUAAAAGAUAAAGGACUACAUUUUCAUCUGGAAUUUACAGCCCUAUAAAGCUUCACAUAAGGCCUUCUGAAAAUAACUGUACAUCACUUUGAUUAUCACAGAGCGCUUAUUUAUUCUACUAGGAAAGCACACCUUGUUUAUUUAUGUCAAAAGUAUAGAUAAAACUGAAACAUAAGGAGAGUCCAAAUAGAAAAAAUUCUAAAAUAUUUUAUUUUUAAGGACAUUAUAAGUUUAUGUACUCCAUAUUUAACAUCCUAAAUAUGAAUUGAAAGAAGCAGUUUUAAAAUGUUGCUAAAAAAGACUGUUAGGUGACUCAUUUCAGUUUAGAUUACCACUCACAAAUCUCACUUAGACUCUUCAUAUGUAGGCUAUUGGGACACUUUAUCAAAUAAUUUUCUGCUGCCAAUAGCAUUUGUUUAUGUUUUUUAAUUGCCAUAAACCUCUGCACAACAACUGCAUAUGCUUUACCAUUUUUGUUAUUUUGUCAUUAAAUAAAUACUUUAAAACAGUUUUUAGUUAGCUGUGAGAGCUUUCAAGGCUACAUAAAGUUGCAUGAGCUCUCUUCGAGUGUUUUGGCAGCAGAAUAAAUAAAUGCCAGUUAUUAUAAUGCAUCUGAUAAUCCUUACUGGGACUUGCCCAGUGUACUUUAUUUCGAAACUUUAAGUCUAAACCGGUACCAGUUCUCUGUUGUAUAUUUGGUGAAUACUUAUGUUUGUAUUGCAUUAUUGUAUUGCUAUGUUGUGCUGAUAAUAAACCCUAUAUUUUGCAAUUUAUUAAAAUGAUAUAUAUAGUUAUAAUCAUGUGUAUCAUGACUGGAUUGGACAGGACAUGAAAACGUAACUGAAACUAUUUUUUAUGAACUGGACACCUCCAGCUCAGCCGCCUUAGACACGCCCACGGAGCUCAUAGACCAGUUGCACACGGAUAUGACGUCAUUGUGAUUCUG